AUGGUUUUCUCGCUUCAGGAUCAGAAUGUGAGACCAGACUCUCUUCUUCCUCUCUCCCAGGUGGCAGAAACCCUAAACUUCACUUUUUCUCUCAAAUCUCUCGUCUUCUCGUACUCCAACAAUGGAGUUUUGGGGGGAGCUAAAGUUAAGGCCGGCCAGAGUCUGAAAGUGAAGCCUGGUGAAAACUGUCUCAUCCACAUCUCUCAGGCUUCUCUUGGUAAAGCGGAAAAUGGAGUAUCUGCCCUCUUGUAUGCCACCGUUGAUGACAAGAAACUCCUCCUUGGAACCCUCUCUCAAGAUAGCUUCCCUCACAUCAACUUUGAUCAUCUCCUCUUUGACAGAGAAUUCGAGCUCUCCCACACCUUGGACAGAGGAUCUGUCAAUUUCAUUGGCCACCAGCGCAACAAGAAGAAGAGGGCUAAUGAAUCUUCCAAAACGCCUGUCUCGUUCAAGAAGUCAAAACCCAAUACAGAAAAUUCUUUUGAAGAAAUAAUCAAAAUUUGUCAAAAUUUAGUACUUCUUCUCAAGUCCUUUCCGACAAAGAAGGAUAUCCCUGCAAUUUUUGACAAGUGGGAGAGAACAGCAAACUCUAGAUGGCCAUUAAAAAGAGACUCUUGGAGGGAUAAGCGACGAGAUAACAUUCCCCCACAGUAUAUUCAGACUCAAGGUAACUGUUGGGCCAUUGCUUUCUAUAGACAAUGGUCCACAAUGGCGAAGUUAAAAGGAAGGUCUCGUCCAAAAUUAACACUGGAUAAACUCAUGAGCGGAGUUUCUUUCCGCUACCGGACUGUUGAUGGCCAAUUAAGAAAGUUAGAAGCUGCUGUGGAGUUCAUGAAAAAUGAACAUUAUGUGGAUGAAAUGUUUCUACAUGUGAAGCCCUCGGGAGAUUCCGAAGAUGAGAAGUUUGAGCGAUUGAUUGAACGUCUUCUAUUGGAAGGACCAGUGGCCGUAUCCUUUGAAUAUUUCCCAAGUUACCGUACUGGAAUAGAAAGGAUUCUAUCUCCAACGUUGACGGAGCGCCUUAGAAACCCCUAUGAACAUACUAGUAAGCAUGUUGGGUUGCUGAUGGGUAGUGGGAUUGAGUUAGUCGAUGGAGAACCUAAACACUUCUGGGAUAUUUACGAAUCUCGUGGGGCGUCAUGGAGAGAUUUGUUGGAAUGAAAAUUUUUAUAAAGACGGAGAAAGUGUUUAAGUGUUUGAAGAGAAAGAAGCUUUGUGUAGAAGAAAGAUUUUAUAACUUAGAAGAGGAUUUCUUAUUACUUGAAAGUUUCUUAUAAACUUGGUUAUUUCUUGGUGAUACAAAAUGA